AUUUCUGAUAAUAAAUAACUUAACCUUUGAAUUUAUAGUUCUAUGUCGAGUCCAUCCGGUGAGUGCAGACUGGUGACCACAUAAUGCUACAUGAGAACCAUGUGGUAAUAUCAAGCUGAUCAGUGAAAAACUCUGGAUCCUUCCGUAACUAAGGACCUCUUGACCUAUUUGUGAUUUCUUCAUCUUUGAUUUAUGGCUUAUAUUGGUAACUCCCAGGAGGAGGAGCGCUAUUCUAGAAAUGUGGAAUAUUGUUUACUUUGGAUAAACGGAACAGCGGUGGCAACUGCGUGUAGAGUUGUGUUUAUUUUGCUUGACCUGGGGGUUACUGAUAUUCUCAGAGGAUUUCGUCUACUCUCUUCUCUUCAGCCUAUGCCAUUUUUGUUACGGGUACCUUUGAAAUUUUAGCAGUAAGAUCAGUGUGGUAGUACUCAUCGAGAGUCAGUUCUCCACUUACGUUAAUUUUUCUAUAAACAUACAGGUUAGCCUAGUAUUUUCCAUGAGGAAAAAUUAUAGUUUUCAUUUUUGGUAUCUAUGAAAGAUACCAGAUGAUUUUCGUAUGUAACAAGCUUAAAUGCAGUUUUAGUGUGGCUUUGCAAAACUCAUCUUUCAGUUAUCUGUAUUAGAGGGAGAGCAUUGGUGCGGAUUUUUUUUGUUGUUUUUUUUUUUAAGCAUUUAAUUUGGGAGGUUUUUGUGUAUGUAACUGCUGGUGGUCUGCUUUUAGGAGGAAAUUUACGAUAUCCCAAGUAAAAUGCGGAGAGGCAGUAGAAGUAGCCUAAUUCACUCCCCUGCUUAUGCCAUGGGUGGCGGUGUUCAGUGUGCUGUUUGUCCUCCCCUCUCCUGGUGGGGGGAGGUGUGAGUAGUGUGUCCGUGUAUCUGUUUGACGUACAGACCACACUGUGGUGGUGGUGAUGUCCAUGCAAAUCUCCAGUCUGAAAGUGAAUUUGACCAGCAAAACGGGGUGACUUCCAAAUGACAGUAGGCUUAACAGAGGCUGGUUCUACAACUGUUUUCAGCAGCUUGCAAAAUGUGUGCAGGGCCACCCACACUUCCUUCCUCUUCUCCAGCCACACCCGCACACUUCAGUUUGCUUCUCUUUAGCUGGGAGAACAUGAGUGUCUUCUUGCAACAUGUACUGGUAGUUGUUUCUCAAACGUGAAUUUCCAUGUUAGAAACGCUCUGAGGCUAGUUGGCCUGUUUCAUUCUGGUCCAGCCCAGUUAUGUGCACGUGGAAGCAUACGCUAAGCAAGACCGCUUUAGAAGGGCCUCACUUAGUGGUCUUGCUGUCUUAAAAGAUACCAUCUGUAUUGCGUAGUCGUUAAAAAUAUUGACGUAGAAGAAUUGAGUGCAGUGGGAAAAUAUUCAUCAUAUGAAGUAGAGGAAGAAGUUGUGAGACUUCACAUCUAGUAUCUUAGCUUUGUAAGAAGCAUAGGUAUGAAGAAUAUAUACUCAAAGAUGAAGAGAGGUCAUCCUGGAUGAAAGUAUAAGAUGUCCGUGGCGACACUGAAAAUGAAUUCCUUAUUUUCACCAAAUAUUCUUAUAUGAGAAGAUCCAUUUUGAACAGUCUAUAUAUUUUUUCUUCUGUUGGACCAGCAUGGCAGGAUUCAAGCGAGGGUAUGAUGGAAAGAUUGCUGGAUUAUAUGAUCUGGAUAAAACCUUGGGUCGAGGUCAUUUUGCAGUGGUUAAACUUGCCAGGCAUGUCUUUACAGGUGAAAAAGUAGCAGUCAAAGUUAUUGACAAGACAAAAUUGGACACUCUAGCCACCGGUCAUCUUUUCCAAGAAGUGAGAUGCAUGAAACUAGUGCAGCAUCCCAACAUCGUACGCCUUUAUGAAGUUAUUGACACCCAGACCAAACUCUAUCUUAUUCUGGAACUUGGAGAUGGAGGAGAUAUGUUCGAUUACAUAAUGAAACACGAAGAGGGACUUAAUGAAGAUUUGGCCAAGAAGUACUUUGCUCAGAUCGUUCAUGCUAUAUCUUAUUGCCAUAAACUCCAUGUGGUUCACAGAGACUUAAAACCAGAGAAUGUAGUCUUCUUCGAAAAACAAGGUCUUGUAAAGUUGACAGACUUUGGUUUCAGCAACAAAUUUCAACCAGGGAAGAAGCUCACAACAAGCUGUGGAUCUCUUGCGUAUUCUGCUCCAGAAAUUCUGCUUGGUGAUGAAUAUGAUGCACCCGCAGUGGAUAUUUGGAGUCUGGGAGUGAUCCUUUUCAUGUUGGUGUGUGGACAGCCACCCUUUCAAGAGGCCAAUGACAGUGAGACGUUGACCAUGAUCAUGGAUUGCAAAUAUACAGUACCAUCCCAUGUGUCCAAAGAGUGUAAAGACCUGAUCACACGGAUGCUACAGAGAGAUCCCAAGAGAAGGGCCUCCUUGGAAGAGAUUGAGAAUCAUCCUUGGCUUCAAGGAGUGGACCCUUCGCCAGCCACAAAGUAUAACAUCCCCCUUGUGUCAUACAAAAACCUCUCGGAGGAGGAACACAACAGCAUCAUUCAGCGCAUGGUGCUCGGGGACAUAGCGGACCGAGACGCCAUUGUGGAAGCCCUGGAAACCAACAGGUACAACCACAUCACGGCCACAUACUUCCUGCUUGCUGAAAGGAUCCUGAGGGAGAAACAAGAGAAAGAAAUACAAACCAGAUCUGCAAGCCCUAGCAAUAUCAAGGCCCAGUUUAGGCAGUCGUGGCCAACCAAGAUCGACGUGCCCCAGGACCUGGAGGAUGAUCUCACGGCCACUCCUCUGUCCCACGGGACCGUCCCUCAGUCUCCUGCUCGGGCUGCCGACGGCGUCCUCAACGGCCACAGGAGCAAAGGCCUGUGUGACUCGGCCAAGAAAGACGACCUCCCCGAGUUGGCCGGACCGGCGCUCUCCACGGUGUCACCUGCGAGCUUGAAGCCCACGGCCGGCGGGCGCAAGUGCCUGUUCCGGGUGGAGGAGGACGAAGAGGAAGAUGAGGAGGACAAAAAGCCCGUGUCCCUCUCGACGCAGGUGGUUCUGCGCCGGAAGCCCUCGGUCACCAACCGGCUGACGUCGAGGAAGAGCGCGCCCGUCCUCAACCAGAUCUUUGAGGAAGGGGAGUCCGACGACGAGUUCGACAUGGAUGAGAACCUGCCUCCCAAGCUGAGCCGGCUGAAGAUGAACAUCGCCUCCCCGGGCACCGUGCACAAGCGCUACCACCGCAGGAAAAGCCAGGGCCGCGGCUCCAGCUGCAGCAGCUCGGAGACCAGCGACGACGACUCCGAGAGCCGCCGGCGGCUGGACAAAGACGGCGGCUUCACCUACUCCUGGCACCGGCGGGAUAGCGGCGAGGGGCCCCCCGGGAGCGAGGGCGACGGCGGCGGCCAGGGCAAGCCGAGCGACGGCGGCGGCGGCGCGGACAAGGCCAGCCCGAGCGAGAGCGGCGCGGGCGGCGGCAGCCCCGCGGGCGGCUCGGGGGGCAAGCCCACGGGCACGUCGGGCAGCACGCGCCGCUGCGCCGGCCCCGGCCCCGGGGAGCUGGUCCAGAGCCUCAAACUCAUGAGCCUCUGCCUGGGCUCGCAGCUGCACGGCGGCGCCAGGUACAUUCUCGACCCGCAGGGCGGCUUGCCGUUCUCCAGCGUGAAGGUGCAGGAGAAGUCCACGUGGAAGAUGUGCAUCAGCUCGACGGGGGGCGCGGGGCCGGCCCCCGGCGCGGGCGGCGUCAAGUUUUUCUCCGACCACGUGGCCGACGGCGCCGCGGAGCUCGAACGGAUAAAGAGCAAGAACCUGAAAAACAACGUGCUCCAGCUACCUCUGUGCGAAAAGACCAUCUCUGUGAACAUCCAGCGGAACCCUAAGGACGGGCUGCUGUGCGCCUCCAGCCAGGCCAGCUGCUGCCACGUCAUCUGACCGCGGCCCCGCCGGCCCCUGGCACCCGCCCCCGCCGCCCGCCGCCCGCCCAGAGCGGUGCGCCCCGGCCCGGCCCGGCCCGCCCCUCCGGCCGCUGUCCGCGCUUCCUCCCUUCGAGGGGGCGUUCGGAGCAGUUAUUUAUUACCUUCGCGUUUGUUCGCCUGCCGACGUGACAAUGCAUGGUCUUUGUGCAUGCUGCUAGACACUGCUUUUCUUUUCCAGCCGAAAAGUCUCUUGUGUCAUUUUUACAUUUAUAAUUUUAAUGUGGAUGAUCAGGAUUAAAUUAAAUGUAUAUUUGGGACCUAAGAUACACGGAGCACUUAGAAAUUGGAUGUCCUGCACUUAAUCUAGAGAGAGAAAAUGCUUCUGUCUCCUUGUGAGAAACGUAAAUUCCCGUCCUGACCUUCUGCGAGAACGUAAACUCCGUGCCCUGAGGCACACGCCGUGCUGUCCGAGACCGAACCAAAGCAAUAACGUUGUGUUGCCGCCGGGCCUGGAGCCUGCGAGCGAGCGUGCGAGCGAGCGAGCGAGCGAGCAAGCGCGUGCGAGCCCCGCCUCCCGAGGCCCGAGCCCCGCCUCCCGAGGCCCGUGAGGGGCGGAGUACAGCGAGCGUCUGCACUGAGAACCUUAAAACCAUGAUUUCCAUACACCCACACCUGUUUGUCUUAAGCUCUAGUGUGAAAACAAGGUUGGGCUCGUAAAAUUUAACUGAAAAAGAUUUUCUUGUUUUGUACUAGGUGAGAUAAAGUACUUAGAUUUAUAAGGCAGCUUCCCCCGUAGUGGUAAAUCACAAGCAGACAAUCUUAUUUUGUAACGUGAUGAAGUGAACUGAUGGUGUCUUAACUCUACUUAUAGAGUGUACGUCUGUCCAACAGAACAAAAAGAUGCUCGGUGUAAAUUCCUUCCCGUAGGGCACAUCCUAGGAUUUCCUUUAAAACCUUGUAGAUAGAAGAAACUGUAGGGCCUGGUAUGGAAGCAAAGGUGCACACAGAGGGUGGCAACAUCAAAAGCCUAUAAAUUAAAAAAAAAAAAAAAAUUACUGGGAUGUGAUCUUUCGCAGUUUGGUAAUUCGGUGGUCUCUUCUGUUUUUUUCCAUUCUUCUAUGUUCUCUGGCUGUCCAGUAAGCUACGAGAAUUGGCUGAUCAAAAAAUACACCUAUAAAAGAGUGAAAUUCACACGUACAGCAGACAAAACGCACAAAGCCUGCUUUGUGUUUUGUUGUUGUUUUGGUUUUCUUCUUCUUUUUUUCUUUUUCUUUUCUGGAGGUGUUUUCCACUUUGCCUUCCUGCCAAAACAAUAAUCGAAGAACUCUUGCUUUAAACUGUUCCUGUACAAAGACGACUUUUGACCAGAUAAUCCUCUUUCGUGGCGUCUUGUCUCCUAAGACGCACUGUAUUGCAGAUUGCUAACUUUGAGAGGGGCCGGACGCCGCCUCUGCAAGCUGUGCCCCGGGGGGUCUUCAAAGCGGUGCUUAUCCACACCGGGGGUGGGAUGCGGCCGGGCCGGGGGUGGGGGGCCUUCCCACUCCCAGCAGCUUCCCUUCGUGUCUCUGAAGUGACCGUCGCUUUGUCCGCAGAGGGGGCAGAGCACCCAAGGACUGCAUUCCAUGGCUCUCGGCUCCUCCAAGUACACGCUGAUUCUGCUACUCACGAUGCGUAUAGUUUAGUCCGCACUAGGGAAUUUCACAGUAUACUUACUAAACUAAGUAAAGGUGAUACUUAAAAUACUUCUUUUACUUUCUAGACCUAGGCUAGAUAUGUUUUAAGCUACAGCUCUAGUUCAUUGUGAUAUUUAUAACUGAAAGCUACCAGAAAAGAUGUGUGGGUGAAGCCAUAGAACAUAUUUGCUUGAAAUUCUGAGCAGGGAUCUUAUAAAGGGCCAGAAAUAAGAUGUGUGGUUCACAUAGACAGUGAGCGUAACAUCUGUAUUAAACGUAGGAGAGAAGUUUCUAAAGGGCAUUGGCAAUAAACUCUGUUGCAGCUGUUUUCCAAGUAAUGUAAAUACUUCUUCCUGUGAUUAUGUAUAGCCUUGGAAUGGCACCUUUUAACUAACCCACGUGUGUUUGGUCUCCGAUGGUUUUUUAUAUUCCGACGUAUAUGUGGUGCUCACUCUAGGAGCGGCAGUGUUGACCGUUCAUGCUGCACAGCUGUAUCAUAGAGCCUUAUUAGUCGCGUGUGCUUGGUUGGCCCUCUGGGUGCACAGAGGUCAGUCUGAGUGGCGUCUUACUCACCUGUUCGUAAGUGAAUGACUGUGCAUGUGUUGUAUGUCAUAGUAUGUCGUCACAUAAAAGGGAGGGAGCAGAUAACCGUUACAUGAAGAUAAUAUUGGACCAAACUCUUUACUAGCUCUAAACAGUUUCUUGUACCCCUUAACCUGUCUUCAGAAGUUGCAUAGAGUUAUAGUAGUGUGUAAAUUAAAUAUUGUGGAAAAACAAUUAGUCUUGUAUUUUUCUGUACGUGUGUGUACAUAUAUUAUAUAUAUAUACACAUAUAUAUAUAUAUAUAAAAUUAUGUACUUCUGGCAAUUCUAUCUGUAUUUAAAGAUGUGACAAUCUCGACACCGAUCUUAAGAAUAGCCGUGAGACUGAAUCGAAGUAAGGGUCUCCCUACCAAGUAAGAACCGAUGUGUGUUAAGAGGGUACAGAAUCAUCAGCUGAUUUGGUCGGUUGCUUCCACUGCUGGUGGAUUUUCCUCAUUGUGUAAACGUUGACAGGUAUGUGACAGAUGGGAAGAAACAAUCCAAAUAAUAAAGUGGCAUAUUGGUGUUCAGCAAUA